UAGGAUUGAAAAUAAGAUAUGUGGAGAUUUUUUUUUGCCUCCCAUAGGAUUUGGACUGAAAAGAGAUUGGGUUGAUACGAGCUUUAGUUGAAUUGACCAUGUAAUCCAUAAUUCAGUCAAAAAUCCAGUAUAAUUCUACUGGAUUUUUCAAAUAAGCCCUUAGCCUCUACUUUCCCUGGGCUUCUUAGAAAAUCAAUUUGUUUACUUGUUUCUUCUUCUCUCCAUUUCUUCCGAACACGAUGUUGAUCAUAGAUAAGAUAUAGAUUCUUAAAACGGAAGGCCCUUUAAACGCAGCAUGCUAUUGGAUGUCCAGACCACUCCUGAUCACAAGAUUCCGGCCCAAAAUCUCCCACCACUUCCAUUUCUCCUCCCAUCAUGCCAUCCAUUUCGACCCUGAAACCAUCUCAGCCGUCCACCGUGCGAAAGCCCACCACGCCCAAUCCAUCACCUCCGCCCCCAACCCGCCCGUCACCGUCCACCACGCCCUCAUUGCCGCCUACGCCGCCGCCGAUGACCUCCCCACCGCCCGCCAGGUGUUCGAACGAAUUCCCCGCCGGACCUCCGUCUCCUACAACGCCAUCAUCGCCACCACCGCACGGCACGGCUGCGCGGAGGACGCCUGGGCGCUUCUCACCCGGAUGGUGGCCGCCGGCGUCCGGCCCACCCGCUUCACCUUCGGCCCCAUCCUCUCCUCGCCAUCUCUCAACCUCUGUCUCGGGAUCCAGCUGCAUCCAUUGAUCCUGAAGUCUGGAUUAUUUCACGCCGACCCUUACUCGGGCACAGCUUUGAUGGGAUUUUUGGCGAGAAAUGGUAGAUUGGACGAUGCUGUCAACUUAUUCGAGGAAAUGCCUGCAAAGACUGUGGUCACUUGGAAUUGUAUCAUUUCUGGAUUUUCCGAGCUGGGCUUUGUCCGUGAUUCAAUGUUCUUGUUCCGAGAGCUAUUAAGGACAGGAAUUGGACCGUCAGAAUAUUCUUUUCUCAGCGUUCUGGCUGCAUUCCGUUCAUCAGAUUGUUUACAUUACAUGGAGCAAAUUCACGCGCUUGCAGUCAAAAUCGCAAUGGAUUCAUUCUUUGUGGUUGCGAAUGCUCUGCUUAGUGUGUACUCCAGUCACUCUCGAACGCAAGCUGCCGAGAGAUUCUUUAAUGAGUUGGCAAUUAGGGAUGUGGUUUCUUUUAACACCAUGAUAGCAGCUUUUGCUACAAGUGCAACGCCAGAGAGGGCUAUGGAUUUCUUCUUGAUGAUGUCUUUAGAAGGGCUUUUGCCCAGUGAAUCCACAUUUGCUAGCAUCCUCAAUGCUUGUGCUAGUUUAGACACAAUGAAGUAUGGAGAGCUCAUCCAUGCUAAAGCCAUCAAGCACAAUCUCGACACUGGUGUUUUCGUGGGAAGUUCGCUUGUUGAUUUCUAUGCCAAGUACAUGAGCUUCGACAAUGCAAAAAGGGUGCUUGAUGGGAUUUCAGAGAAGAAUGUCGUUUGUUGGAAUGCUUUGAUCUCAGGAUAUAUUAAUGCUGGUUUACCUACCACCUUAGCUAUUUUGAGAGAGAUGUUAGGCUCAGGGAUUAGACCCAAUGAGUUCACAUUCUCAUCUGGGCUUAAACAAGCAUCUGCUUUGGAUAUCCAGCAGCUUCAUGCACUGAUAAUAAGGAUGGGUUAUGAUAGUAAUGAGUAUGUUUCAAGUGCUCUUAUUGCAUCAUAUGCUUCUUAUGCCACUGUUUGUGAUGCCUUGGCUUGUGGUACAGCUUUAGAUCCAGUGUCCUUUGUUGCCCCCGUGAAUGUCAUGGCUGGUGUUUAUAACAGAGCUGGUCGAUACAAAGAGGCGCAAGAGUUACUGUCCCGGCUGCAAGAGCCAGAUAACAUGUCAUGGAACAUCUUAUUGACUGCUUGUGUACGUGGCGGGGAUUACUCCAAAGCUUUCCAGUUGUUCAAACAAAUGCAAAUUUCAGGAUAUCUUUUUGAUAACCAUACAGCAGUAAGCCUAUUGAGCGCUUGUUCGAAGAUCAAUAGCCUCAAUCUUGGUAGAUUGCUUCAUGGGCUUAUCAUUAAGACUAAUUCAGGGUGUUCUGACACAUUUGUCCAUAAUGUGUUGCUAGACAUGUAUGCUAAAUGCGGUAGCCUUGAGAGUUGUUUAAGAGUUUUUGAGGAAAUGGAUGGAAAAAAUCUCAUCUCUUGGACAGCUCUGAUCUCAGCAUUGGGAUUCCAUGGUCACACCUUUGAGGCACUGGAAAAAUUUAAGCAAAUGGAAUUGGAAGGCUUCGAACCAGACCGGGUUGCUUUCCUCGCAGUCCUUUCAGCCUGCAGACAUGGUGGAUUUGUGGAAGAAGGCAUGAUAUUCUUCGCACGAAUGAAGAGUGAUUAUGGAAUUGAACCAGAGAUGGAUCACUAUAUUUGUAUGGUGGACCUAUUGUGCAAGUAUGGACAUCUAAGGGAAGCCGAGCAUGUGAUCAGUGGCAUGCCAUUUCAGCCGGAUGCUGCCAUAUGGCGCAUCUUCCUCCAAGGUUGCAGGAGGUAUGGCAGCAUGGUGGCAUAGGAUUUGUUUUUAGAAAUUACACUUGGGCAUUCAUCAAAGUAUAAUAAAAUUGUAACUUGUUGCAUUUUGCCGUAUAGGAAUUUAAGGAUACAGUUUUAUUCU